AUGGGCGGGUUGAACGGAGUUUACAUAUUCGACGGCAAGGGGCGAUUGAUUCUGAGCCGUAACUACCGCAACACCGAAUCAUCACAAGUUUGUAAGAUAUUUCACGAGUACAUAAUUUAUCAAGAUGAGGCUUCACUCAAGCCUGUAUUUGUCGUGGAUGGCACGAUUUUCUGCUGGAUAUUUCAUAACGGCGUCUACUUUCUUGCCACUUCCACUCAAAAUUUUAAUGUGCUAUCAACGAUUACAUUUUUACACCACCUACUAAAAGUAUUGAUAAAUUACUUUCGCGUCGUGUCAGAUGAAAGCAUAAGGGAUAAUUUUGUAAUUACAUAUGAACUACUUGAUGAGAUGGCAGAUUUUGGCUACCCACAGUCCACGGAGAUUCAUGUGCUUAAGGAGUUUAUUAAAAAUACUGCUAACCGACUGAUUUACGAGGUCGGACCACCAUCCGCCAUGACAAAUGCCAUCAGUUGGCGCCAAGAUGGGAUUAAGCACAAGAAGAAUGAGAUAUUUUUGGAUGUAAUAGAGACUCUAGACAUUCUAAUUUCGUCAUCUGGAUCCAUACUUAGAAGUGAAAUACAGGGGUGUUUGAAGAUGAAAUCCUUCCUUUCUGGAAUGCCUGAAUGUAAGUUGGGUCUAAAUGAUAAGAUAUUUUUAGAUAAGUCAGAAGAUAACACUCAAAAUGUGGGCAUUGAAGAUGUAAAAUUGCAUCAAUGUGUUAGAUUGAACAAGUUUGACACAGAUAAAACGAUACUAUUCAUCCCACCUGAUGGGGAAUUUGACCUAAUGACAUACCGAUUAAACAGCCCAGUCAAGCCAUUGUUCUGGGUAGAUGUAUCCGUUCACAAUCGCUCCAGUUCCAGGAUUGAUUUCUCAGUAAAGACCAGAUCGCAAUUUAAAACCAAAAGUGUGGCAAACAAUGUAGAAUUUCAAAUACCUGUUCCAACAGAUGUAGAUUGUCCAUCCUUCACUGUUUCCGUGGGUACAGCGGCCUACAAGCCGCAAGUUGAUGCCAUGAUUUGGUCAAUUAGGCAGUUCCAGGGACAAAAGGAAUACACUAUGACAGCAUCAUUUGGCCUCCCCUCAAUAUCUGAUGAAUCACGCGAUAAUUUUGUUAAAAAGCCAGUGCGGGUACGAUUUGAAAUACCUUACUUCACUGUUAGUGGGCUUACUACUAGAUACUUGAAGGUCAUUGAGAAGUCGGGGUACCGGGCGCUCACUUGGGUUAGGUAUAUCAGUAAGAGUGGUGAUUACCAAAUUAGACUUUCAUGA